AUGGCUCUCAAACCCGGCGAUUCCUUCCCUUCCGACGUUGUCUUCCAGUACAUCCCCUGGAGCGAAGAAAAGGGCGACAUCACCGCAUGCGGUAUCCCCAUUAACUACAACGCUUCGAAAGAAUGGGCCGAUAAGAAGGUCGUCCUGUUCUCUGUUCCUGGUGCCUUCACCCCCACCUGCUCCAUCAACCAUGUCCCCGGCUACAUCCAGAACCUUCCUCAGCUGAAGGAGAAGGGUGUGCAGGUUGUUGCAGUGAUCGCCUCCAACGAUCCUUUUGUCAUGAGCGCAUGGGGAAAGGCUAACAACGUUAAGAAUGAUGAUAUUCUUUUCCUGACUGAUCCCGAUGCCCGCUUCGCCAACACUCUCGGCUGGGCCAACGCUGGUCGUACCGGGCGCUUCGCCAUUGUCAUUGACCAUGGCAAGGUGACCUAUGCACAGAUUGAGACGGAGAAGGGUGCUGUUAAGGUCUCGGGCGCUGAUGCUAUCCUGGCGAAUCUGUGA